CGCUAGUAUAACGCGGUCAUACAUUCUGAGUAUUACGAUGAGUUAUAAUUGAAUUCUUAUUUUUGUUAUUUACCGUCAUUUUGUGAAGCUGGCGCUUUAAGUCCGUUGAACCUCGCCUUCCAUUGAACAUGCGCGCAGAGGGAGAGAAACAUCCCCAGUGAAAAAACAACAACAAUCAGAAAUUGCGGGGCUGGAAACAGAGAUGACCCGAUGAAAACGCAACACUUAGUAAUUUAGUUCACUUAAACAGGCUCAGCCCUGCUGCUGCUAUUUUAAAUUAGAAACUUUAUAUGUCGGCGGCGACGAGCUCAUGAACCUGGCGAGUCUGAGCGGAGAUGCUGGCGGAAGCCAGCUUCUCUUCGCCAACUUUAACCAGGACAACACGUCCUUGGCUGUUGGCACCAAGUCAGGAUACAAGUUUUUUUCCUUGUCAUCUGUUGACAAAUUGGAGCAGAUAUAUGAAUGUACUGACACAGAGGAUGUGUGUAUCGUGGAGCGCCUCUUCUCCAGCAGCCUGGUGGCCAUCGUGAGCCUGAAGGCGCCCAGGAAGCUCAAAGUCUGUCACUUCAAGAAGGGAACAGAGAUCUGCAACUACUCUUAUUCCAACACCAUCCUGGCUGUGAAGCUAAACAGACAGAGGCUGAUUGUGUGUCUGGAAGAGUCGCUUUACAUUCACAACAUCAGAGACAUGAAAGUGCUGCACACUAUCAGAGAGACGCCUCCUAACCCGUCAGGACUGUGCGCUCUCUCCAUCAGCAAUGAUAACUGUUACCUGGCGUAUCCAGGCAGCGCCACGAUAGGAGAGGUCCAGGUGUUUGACACAGUCAACCUGAGGGCGGCCAACAUGAUUCCAGCUCACGACAGUCCCUUAGCAGCUUUGGCGUUUGACGCCAGUGGCACCAAGCUGGCCACGGCUUCAGAGAAGGGCACAGUCAUCCGUGUCUUCUCCAUCCCAGAGGGGCAGAAGCUCUUUGAGUUCCGGCGAGGCGUCAAGAGGUGUGUGAGCAUCUGUUCGCUGGCGUUCAGCAUGGAAGGCUUGUAUCUCUCUGCUUCCAGCAACACAGAGACGGUCCACAUCUUCAAAUUAGAGACACAGAAGGAGAAGCCAGCUGAGGAGCCCACAACUUGGGGAGGUUACUUGGGGAAGGUCCUGAUGGCGUCCACAACCUACCUGCCUUCACAGGUCACAGAAAUGUUCACCCAGGGGCGAGCUUUCGCCACCGUUCGCCUGCCCUUCUGCGGCUACAAGAACAUCUGCGCCUUAGCUGUAAUUCAGAAGAUCCCCAGGCUGCUGGUGGCAGCAGCUGAUGGGUACCUGUAUCUGUACAACCUGGACCCUCAGGAGGGCGGUGAAUGCACGCUCAUGAAGCAGCACAGGUUAGACAGCAGUGCAGAGCCUCCCAAUGAGAUCCUUGAGCAGGGGCCGCAUGAUCGCCCCCUUGUGGCCCAAACCUACAGUGCGGCUGUCACUAAAGGUUACUGUGAAGAACAAGGCGCAGUCGGAGGGUCGGGGAUCGAAGAGGACCUGAACGACCUCCGCUUAGAGGAGGAAAACGAGCAACCGCCGCUCAUCCUUGAAACCGACUGACCUAGCCGAUGUCUGAUGCUUUGAGGCUUCCUCUGGUGCUGCUAAACACCAGACACGAGGAGUCGCAGAUCAACAACCUGCCUUUCAGUCUGUCUGUGCGUCAUUCUGUCCACAUACCAGUCGAUUUAUUUUCCUUCCUUCCAUCCUCUUUUCCCCCCUUAGUUUUUUUUUUUUUUUUUUGCCUGUGCAGGCCAAAUUCUGCAGCUUUGCAUGUACAUGUGCCAACUGCUCAGACGACGCUUCAUCGUGAAAACGAGCCCCCGCCCUGCGAGCGUGCUCCAACAAACGCGCAGGAAUAAAAACAACAAUGUAGCUGUCUCACUUGUUUUUGUUUUUCAUUUUGGACCCGUAUAUAAAUGCAACCACUGUGUAAAAUGAAAAGUGAUCGUGUAAAAGUGCCUCUUUUUUUUUUUUUUUUUCCGCUUUUUUAAAAAUUAAUUCCAUUUAAAACGGGAGGAUAUCAUUUCAUCGCUGGGAAUAAAACCUGUUUUUAGUCAGCUAAGCUUGAUCUGUGAUCCCGAAUUCUUUUUCGUCUGGCACAGAAAGAGAAGCGAAGAUUUUACAGAGGCGAAAACGCUUCUGCGCUUAGCUGAGUUUUGUGUGUGUGUGUUGGGCGUGUACAGUAGCUAAACAUCUAUCCCCUUUUACCUCAUCCAAACAGACCUGCACUCAUUGGUUGAUUUCUCUUUUUAAUGACUGAUUUUUUUUUUUUUUUUUUACAACAAACUCUUCAUCUAAUGGAACCCAAUGAUGUGUCAUGCGUAUGCAAACGUGCAUGGUGUUGUCGACGUGGUACUGUGCCCAUCCAUCGCAGACAUGAGUGGGAAAGGCCUCUCCUUCAUCCUACUCCGUAUCUCUACCCUGUACAUUACUAGAUGUGGUCAGAUAAUGCUGCUCCCGAUCAGUCUGGGAGGGGGGGUGGAUGUUUGACCAGGAGAGGAAACGUUGGACUAAAGCUUUGAUCUGAAGGACAGGCUGAGCCUCUUCAACUGGUCCAGAAUGCUGCAUGGUUCCCUGUUAAUCCUUUAGUGUCUUUAGUUACCCCCCCAUGAAGGAUUAGCCGUGGGAUUACGGAGCGGCAGACAUUUUCUAAUAAUUUUGUACAAUAUGUAAGACAUUCAUCUGAAGUUUAAUGAAAAUAAAAUUCUGUAUUGAUGUAUUUGGAUUUGCUCUUCAUCUCUGAGAAAUGUCUGACUUUCCUGAAUGGUUUCAAUUUUAACCAUCUGAAUUUUAGGCCUGUAGAAAUCUAAACUCCUGAGAGGCGGUGGAAACUUAUUGGCUUCAUUCCAAUUUAAAUGGAGCCAACAUAGUUUAUAUAUAAGGCAUAUUUUAUUUUUUAUCUGGUACGGAGGAUACCUUUAAAAAGUGCUUUGAUUUUGUCUGGUUUUUGUAAACUAAACAUGAUUCAUAUAAGAGAAAACUUGUCUGAAUUUCAAUUCGGAUGUGCAGAAAAAAAGGGUUAUGGAUGGUUUUGAGACUUAUAAAAGAAUAAACAGGUUACCCAAAAGCUAUUUCUAAUUUUGCGUUUGAGCAAAAAUUAGUCAUAUGUUUAAUGUGAGCUGUGG